AUGACUAGACAUAGCAAAAAUAGCACUGCUGCCCCUAUUUUCACUUACCAUGAAAAGAAGAAGAUUAAAGAUUGGUAUACCCUUAAGGAGCGACUUGGGGCAGAUUCCAUGCGAAAAUUUCAUGACUGCUGGUUGUGUUUACAUCAGGCAAGUAUGCCAGUAACUACUCCUAGGGGUCACAUUUUUUGCAAAGAAUGCAUCUUAGAAAAUUUUACCAAACAGAAGAAGGAAAUCAAACUCAAAUUGUCUCAGUGGGAACACAAAACAAAGAAGUUAGUCACCGAAAAAUCGCAAAAAAAACUAAUUGAUGAGGAGAAAAUGAAGUUGGAAUUUAUCAGAAAGGAAAUUGCUCCUAAUCUUGAAUCAGCAGCUGCUACAGAUGGGGGAAAAAUUAACAAUUUCUGGGUGCCAAUGGCGGCACCUGAUUACCAGGAUAAGCAUAUAGGCCCCAAGCCUAGUACAAACUUGGUUUGUCCAAUUAGUGGUAAACCAAUUAAGCUGAAACACUUGAUAGACAUAAAACCCGAAUGCGGGGAUGAAGGUUGGGUUUGUUCCUUUACAAAAAAACCCAUAUCCCACCAACAAGCUUUACUGGUUAUACCAACGGGACAAAUAAUCUUAGCAACUUCUGCUAAAACAAUAUUGGCACCAAAUAGUGGGUUUUGUGACAGACAGUUAAGCAAAAAAGAUUUGUUGAAGUUGAUUCCAGGGGGAACUGGGUUUAGUGCACAUAACAAGGUGGAAGCUAAAUUGGAAAGGCUGGUUAUGCCUCACUAG